AUGAAUCCUCCUAUGCCUGCUUUGAACACUGUUCGCGGAUUUCACACUCCCGCCUUAUCAGGAGAUGAAGAAUCAGACCACGGAACAAGAACACCUGGAGGACGACACAAGAUAUACGAUGUUGUCAGUGCCAACAGCAGCCCGAUGCUGCGCCCUACAUCCAACAAGGGCUUAGGAGGAAUUAGCAAGCUCAAAUUACAGCUCGAAAAGAUGAAUUUGGAAAACCAUAACAAUCUUAGAUCGUUUAAUCCUGCCUCAGACUAUACAAAAACGAUUAUUGACACACCCGAUACAGAAUUCAGUGACGAAGAAAUAUCUACAAUACAAGUCUUCGAGAAGACAAAAGUUAGCAAGAAGGACAACUAUAGAAUGAUUGAGGGGGAUCCGCGCAACAGUUUACAACCACCUCAAAUGAUAGCUUCUGAUUUUGAAACGAUACGCUGUCUUGGAAAAGGUACUUUUGGAAUUGUUUUCCUAGUGAAACAACAAACCACUGGACGACUCUACGCCCAGAAACAGUUUAAGAAAUCCUCCAUCUCUUUGCACAAGCGACUUAUCCAACAAACUAGAACCGAACGUUCGAUCCUUGAAUCUGUCAACCGUCACCCUUUUGUAGUUAAGCUCUUUUAUGCAUUUCAAGAUGACGAGAAGCUUUACCUUAUUCUCGAAUAUGCGCAGGGUGGGGAGUUAUUUACUCACCUGGCCCAGCUUCGUAUGUUCCCCGAGCCUGUCGCUGCCUUCUACAUGGCUGAGAUGGUGCUUGCACUUGACCACUUACACCAACAACUGGGAGUCGUGUAUCGAGAUCUUAAGCCUGAAAACUGUCUUUUAGAUUCUGAGGGUCAUUUACUUUUAACAGAUUUUGGUCUCUCAAAAGUUGCCGCGAGUGACGAUGACAAAUGUACCAGUAUGCUUGGAACAGUAGAGUAUAUGGCACCCGAAAUUAUUCUCGGUAAACAAUACGGCAAAGCUGUGGAUUGGUGGUCAUUAGGUGCUUUGGGAUUCGACCUUCUCACGGGCUCUCCGCCAUUUCAGGGACAAAGUCACGCAAAAAUACAGGAGCGCAUAGUUAAACAAAAGGUUCAAAUGCCUUACUUUCUCUCCGCCGAGUCCAAAGAUCUUCUUACACGUCUUCUUCGCAAGGAGCCAUCUAAGCGACUAGGCUACAAUAUGCCCAAGGACCUGCAUACCAUUAAGAAGCACCGUUUCUUUCGCAAAAUUGAUUGGAAUCUCCUGGAAUUACGGAAACUUGAACCACCCAUUCAGCCGAUUAUUACAGACCCGGAGUUGGCGGAAAAUUUUGCAGAUGAGUUUACUAGACUACCAUUCAGUCCUGUGACUGCUGGAAUCAUGCCCGGUCUCAAGGACCCUGCGAACAGAAUUAAGGUCCCCGAGACCAAAGUCGAUAACCCAUUUGGUGGGUUUAGCUAUGUUGCUAGUCACAGUCUUCUGGAAGGGGCGUACGGCGGACAAUUCACUAGAUCAUGA